GUCGCACAAAGGCACAGUUUGGAAAGCCCGGCUUCAUAGCCAAUCAGAAUCCGUGUGCUUCAAUUUUGAGCUCAUUCAUUCGUCGGAGCGUCUUGGCCUUGGCAGGAAUGAUGGACAACACUUAUUGCUCAGUACUUUCUUGUGGGAUAUAAAGUCACAGCAAUCCCCAGAUUAAAACCAGAAUAAGCAUCAAGACACUGAAGUCUCUCUGCCUCUCAAAUUAUAUCCUUCCAUCCUCGAGCGUUCAAUCAAGUCCCCGAAAUGGCUUACCAACACAGCACCUUCAUAACCAGUCGCUCCUUCACGUACAGCUACAUCCACGUCCGUCCAACUACCGAUGCCCAAUCCCAACUCCCAAAACCAUAUAUCCUCUUCCUCCAUGGCUUUCCAUCUUCAUCUUACGAUUGGCGCCACCAGAUUCCGUAUUUCCAACAGAGAGGAUACGGAAUCAUCGCACCUGACCUGCUGGGCUACGGUGGGAGUUCGAAGCCACUUGAUGUGAAGGCUUACACGGGGAAGGAUAUGGCUAAAGAUGUGUAUGAGUUGUUGGAUAGUGAGGGCGUUGUGGAAGGUGUUUUUGGAGUGGCGCAUGAUUGGGGAUCUUUCAUUAUCUCCCGACUCGCCAACUACUACCCUCAACUCUUCAGCAAACUCGCAUUCCUAGAUGUCGGUUAUGUCUCACCAGGCCAUGGACUAACCGAGGAAAUGGUCACGUUUGUGGAUAAGUCCGUCAAAGAAGCUAUGGGAUUCGAAGUCUUUGGGUACUUCCUAUUCUUCAAUGAAGAUGGUGCUGCUGAGCUGUUGGAUAAGAAUGUUGAAUCAGCACAGUCUCUCUUCCAUUCCACAGAUGCUGAGCUGGGCAAGAAAUAUAUGGGUGCCAGAGGGGGAUUCAGGAAAUGGCUCAGUGAAGGCCAGGUUGCCGAGAGAGAAUCGUGGUUGAGCAAAGAGGAUAUCGAGCAUGAUCUCAAGCUAUUCGGUCCUGAGAAUGGAGGAUAUGGCGCUGCUAUCAACUGGUACAAGGCUCAGCUACAGAAUGUUAAUGCUGAAGAUGAGAAAGAAAUCCCUGAAGUGAAUCACAUCCUCCAGCAGCCAACACUCCUCAUCACUACCACCAAUUUCAUCAGCGCAAGCGCCGAUUUUGCCAACCAGAUGAAGCCAUAUGCACCGAAGCUUGAAGUUGAGAAAUUGGAGUCUGGUCACUGGGUCAUGCUGGAAAGAAAGGAUGAAGUUAAUGAGCUCUUGGGAAAGUUUGCAGAGAAUUAGUAGAGAAGGAUUGAGAAGGCAGAUACCAAUCUUAUCGUAUCAAUAGAGGCAACU